GCCCUGCCGCCGCAGAUAAGGGCCGCGGGCCCCGGGGAGCACUGUCCCUCCUCCCCUCCGUCUGUCCUGGGAGCAGAGCCCAGGAUCGAGGCCCGACCAUGGCCCAGCUGGUGGAAUGUGUUCCCAACUUCUCAGAGGGGAACAACCAGCAGGUGAUCGACGCCAUCUCCCGAGCCGUGACCCAGACCCCGGGCUGUGUGCUGCUGGACGUGGACGCCGGCCCCUCCACCAACCGCACUGUCUACACCUUCGUGGGGCAGCCCCAGGCCGUGGUGGAGGGGGCCCUGAACGCCGCCCGGGCGGCCUUCCAGCUCAUCGACAUGAGCCAGCACCGGGGGGAGCACCCCCGGAUGGGCGCCCUGGACGUGUGCCCCUUCGUGCCCGUGAGGGGCGUCACCAUGGAUGAGUGUGUGCUCUGUGCCCAGGCCUUUGGCCGGCGGCUGGCGGAGGAGCUGGGCGUGCCGGUGUACCUGUACGGGGAGGCGGCCCAGACCGCGGGGCGCAGGGCCCUGCCGGCCAUCCGGGCGGGGGAGUACGAGGCCCUCCCCGACAAGCUCAAGCAGGCCGAGUGGGCGCCCGACUUUGGCCCCAGCUCCUUCGUCCCCCGCUGGGGGGCCACGGCCACGGGCGCUCGGAAGUUCCUCAUCGCCUUCAACGUCAACCUGCUCGGCACCCGGGAGCAGGCGCAUCGCAUCGCCCUCAACAUCCGGGAGCAGGGCCGGGGCCGGGACCAGCCAGGACGCCUGAAGAAGGUCCAGGGCAUCGGCUGGUACCUGGAUGAGAAGAACCUGGCCCAGGUGUCCACAAACCUCCUGGACUUCGAGGUCACAGCGCUGCAUACGGUCUACGAGGAGACCUGCAGAGAAGCCCAGGAGCUGAGCGUCGCGGUGGUGGGCUCGCAGCUGGUGGGCUUGGUGCCCCUGAAGGCCCUUCUGGACGCCGCCGCCUUCUACUGCGAGAGGGAGAACCUCUUCAUCCUGGAGGAGGAGCACCGCGUCAGGCUGGUGGUGAACCGGCUGGGCCUGGACUCUCUGUCCCCGUUCAACCCUAAGGAGCGGAUCAUCGAGUACCUGGUGCCCGACGGCGGGCCCGAGCCGAGCCUGGCGGACCAGCCGCUGCGUGCCUUUGUCCGUGAGGGCGCCGCGCUGGCCUCCAUGGCCGGCCUCAUGACGUACGGGCGGCGCCAGUUUGAGCACCUGGAUGCCACCGUGCGGCGCCUCGUCCCGCCCUUCCACGCCGCCGCGGCCGCGCUGACGGAGCUGGUGGACGCCGACGCCCGAGCCUUCCGGGCCUACCUGGAGGCAACGAAGCUGCCCAAGAGCACGGAGGAGGAGAGGGACAGGCGGGCGGCGGCCCUGCAGGAGGGGCUGCGGCAGGCGGUGGCCGUGCCCCUGGCCCUCGCGGACACGGUGGCCUCGCUGUGGCCGGCGCUGCAGGAGCUGGCACGCUGCGGGAACCUGGCCUGCCGGUCGGACCUGCAGGUGGCGGCCAAAGCCCUGGAGACCGGCGUGUUUGGUGCGUAUUUCAACGUGCUCAUCAACCUGAAGGACAUCACGGACGACGUGUUUAAGGACCAGACCCGCCAGCACAUCGCCAGGCUCCUGCAGGACGCCAAGACCCAGGCAGCGCUGGUGCUGGACCACCUGGAGGCCCGGCAGGAGUGAUUGUGGCCGGGACACUGCGCGGACGCCGCACCCCUCCACGCCCCCCCCUUCCCACGGGCCGGCCCUGCUCAGCGACACAGCCUCCAGACACGUCCCUGUGGGGCCCCGCGCAGGCUGGGGGGUCAGGGGUGCACUUGGGGAGCGAGUCA